AUGCUGUGUCUGAAUGUUGAGGGCUCAGCAUUGGUGCCCAUUGAACUUGCUCCAAUUCCCUGCAAUGAUAAAGCUGUGGAGAAGCUGUCUCGUCUGGCGCUCACUUAUAUCAACGAGGAUCGUGCCGAGGGUUAUAAAUUUGCCCUCAAUCGUGUUUCUAAUGUCCACCUACACGCGCAGGGUCCAGCAGGCAAUGUGUAUUACCUGGACCUGGAUGUCCUGGAAACCAAGUGUCACAUACGUAGUCCGAAACCAUGGAAACGCUGUGAUGUCAGACCCUUCAUGGAAACGCAAAUCUCCGGUAACUGCAACACCACAAUCCUCCACACAUCGGAAGGUUACUCUUACCUAUAUAGUUAUGAGUGCACACUUGUGCCAGACCCUGCAGAGAAGCUGCAACAGACAUGUCCAACCUGCCCCAUUCUACUUCCUGUUGACAGUCAACAAGCUGUGUUGGCUGUUCAGGUCUCUCUGGCAUCCUAUAAGAGACAGUCCACUGUGGGUGCAGGGCUUGGAAUAAAAAGGAUCACCAGAGCUGCGGAAAAAACUGUGCCAGUAAAAGCCAGAUUUGUGGAAUAUACAGUCGAGGAAUGUCUGGAGGGUGUAACAGAAAAAGGCACAUGCCAGCGGAUGACACCCACUUCAGACACUGAGACCGCAGGUUUUUGUACAGCAUCUGUAUAUGGAGAUCUGCAUGCUCAGCCAGAAGUUCAAGUGUCCUGCGAGAUCUUCAAAACACAGAACGUUGAUGUCCUGCAUCCAUUGCAACCACAAGGUCAUGACCUCCCGUUAAAGCCUUCCAUCCCAACACUGCCUCCAUUCCAUGACCCAGGGAAAGAUAAGAAUUCAGGUCAUUCUGACCCAAACCCACUCCCUGAUCCUCAACCAGCACCAUUUGACGUAACACCACUCCCAGAUCCUCAGCCCGCACCAUUUGACCCUACAAAAAUUCCCUCUCGUCCCGUGGUCCCUUCAUUGAAUCCCUCAAUCACCAGCUCCUCAUCUUCCAGUGAGUCUGAUGAAGUGAAUGGAUCAUUUGAAUCAUCAUCUGAAGAAAUGGGAGGCCCUCUGGCUUUACGCCCACCAUUGGACUUUCACUAUAAAAGGCACGGCCGCAAGAAACGUCAGGCGUUGACGGAAAGUUCGCCAUCCCACAAACCAACAUUCCUGUCUGAUUUCCCAAGUGGACCAUCGCCUUUCCGCUCUUGCCCUGGUCCGUCACGAUACACCACGGUUUAA